CAAAAAAUAAGAGAUCUACGAGGUUUCCAUUUAUAUUCUUUUUGAAUUUGAUUAAAAAUUUUUGCCAAUUCCAAAGCAACACCGACGCCUUCGCAACUGACUGAUAAAAUUAUAUAUCUAUCUGAACAUUUAAUAUUACAUUAGAAUCCCUCUAGCGGAAGUUUGUCUAAAUAUUUUCUCUACUCUAAACAGGAAGGAUCCAUAAUUGAUUCCACAGUUGGAACACGUGGCCAUAUUCUUAAGUAAAGUUUAGGAUUCAUUGAAAAUUGUAAACAUGUCAAUGCUAUCGUGCCCAAUUGAUAUAAACAAUGAAGAGGCUUAUAAUUUAGAAUCCUAUACAAAAGAAUCAGCUCAUAAGAGCAUAAUAAAGUAUAGAAUAAAGAAAAAUAGGAAACAAUACAAUUUUGAUUCAUCAAGCCAAUUAGGAACUGUACCGCUAGAAACUGUUCAAGAUUUACAUGUUCCUACGACACAAGAUUGGCAAGAGGAAAAUGUACCAACCUAUGAUCCUUGGAAAAGUACUGAAAAAAAAGACAUUAUACGAUGCUUAAUAGGAGGUACGAAAACAACAAAGAAGAAGUUCAAAUUAGCUGAACGACAAAGGAUAUUAAAUAUUCAACAAGAAAAUACAUGUGAUAUGCGAAAUAACUUUAAACAUAAGUAUUAUAACUUAACUAUUUCUCAACUUAUUAAAAAUUUAAGAAAAUUAAAUUUGAACGAUAUUGACACUUUAAUAAAAAAUAUUGAUAUGAGUAAAUUAUUUAUAAGUGAAAAUAAUAAAAAAAAUAUAUUUAUAGAAGAAAAAUAUACACAAGGAACUAUCGACAAGGUAAAAUAA